AGCUCCCGCCCGCCGCUGCCUGACGCGGUCCGAGCCUCCUUCCCCGGGCCCUCAGCUCCCGCCCGCCGCUGCCUGACGCGGUCCGAGCCUCCUUCCCCGGGCCCUCAGCUCCCGCCCGCCGCUGCCUGACGCGGUCCGAGCCUCCUUCCCCGGGCCCUCAGCUCCCGCCCGCCGCUGCCUGACGCGGUCCGAGCCUCCUUCCCCGGGCCCUCAGCUCCCGCCCGCCGCUGCCUGACGCGGUCCGAGCCUCCUUCCCCGUGCCCUCAGCUCCCGCCCGCCGCUGCCUGACGCGGUCCGAGCCUCCUUCCCCGGGCCCUCAGCUCCCGCCCGCCGCUGCCUGACGCGGUCCGAGCCUCCUUCCCCGGGCCCUCAGCCUCCGCCUGUCUCUGCCUGACGCGGUCCGAGCCUCCGUCCCCGGGCCCUCGUCCCGGGGCGCGGUGGAGGGGCUGCCGGGGAGCUCCCGCUCCCGGUGCGGGUGGCGCCGGGGCGGACGGCCUGGUGCCACCGGAGGAUGUGGGUCGUUUGUGGGAAAAAAGUAGUUUUUAAGAAAGACGCCAGAUUUUUGUUGAAGUAGAUAAGAAGCCUCCUAAGCCCAUGUACUUUAAAGUGUUAAAAACAAAGCUGUUGAAAUCGGGACAAUUUAAGACUUGUUUUUGCCCUCCUUUCUGAGGUACUUGUCUCAUUACUUUUAAAAGCUGCUGGUGUGUCAGUUGGAGGAGCGGCGGGGGCGUGAGGGGCCCUGAGGCCGCAGUGCCCGACCCCGGCAGCGCCGGCCGCGCCGCGCCGCUGCCUCCCGGAGCCGCGGGCCCGGCGCGCCCCGGGCAGGGCUCGUCAGCAGCGCUGGGGCGGCGGGACAACCGCGCCUUCCGGAGAGAAAAGCACCGAGCUAGAAAGUCAGUCCUGAAGGCACAGAACAUAAUAUCAGGCAUGAACAGAACACAUGAUUUGGGAUACAAGCACCAUAACGUCACCCUAGGACACUUCCAGACAAAUUUAGUGGAGUCUGAGCAUCCUCCCAUCCACCAUGUUUUGGAAAAGCAACUUUUUAACCUGCAGUAGCAAAAAAUGAGGAAACCUACAAAGACCUGAAUGGUUAGGCAAAUGCCCUGCCACAUCACAUGGGCCAUGAGAGAGGAUUGCACGUUCUUCACUCGGAAGGAAAUCCUUCGGUUGCACGGCCGAUACCAUGAAAUGGCACCAAACGUUGUGCCCAUGGACUACACAAAGGACCCAGAUGUUAAACUACCUAUGCAGCUUAUAAUAAACAUGCCUGAGCUGAAGGAGAAUCCCUUCAAGGAAAGGAUUGUGGAGUCAUUCUCAGAAGAUGGAGAGGGGAGCCUGAGCUUCAAUGACUUUGUGGAUAUGUUCUCCGUGCUCAGUGAAAUGGCUCCCCGUGAACUUAAAGCAAUCUAUGCCUUUAAGAUUUAUGAUUUUAACACAGAUAACUUCAUUUGUAAAGCAGACUUGGAAAAAACCCUCAAUAAGCUGACCCGGGAAGAGCUGACAGCAGAGGAAAUCACUCUGGUUUGUGAGAAGGUGAUAGAAGAAGCUGACAUGGAUGGUGAUGGGAAAUUAGGAUUUGCAGAUUUUGAAAACAUGAUUUCCAAGGCACCAGACUUUCUCAGUACUUUCCACAUAAGAAUCUGAAUAUGUUUUUGCCAGUCCAUCCUUUCUGAAUCUCAGGCGCUCCAGGGACUUUUGUCCUCUAAUGAGGGCUUCUUAGAACUCAGCAGAAAGUACUGAAAGAAUUCUGGUCCACAAAGAGACAGAAGCAUCAUGUGAUCUACAGGAUAUUUGGAACAGACACAUUUUUAUCUUCUCUGCUGGCCAAGCACUCUGGCGAAGAUGGUUGGUUGUUGGAUCGUGGUACUUCUUUUUUUUUCCUCCCUUUUUUUAAACAGUCAGAAUCAGAAUAUUAUUGAAGGUAUUUCCACAGAGUUUUUAUAUUUAUGAAUAUUUAAUACUGCUCUUAAAAUUAAAAAAAAAAAAAAAAAAAAACCAAAAAAAAACCAAACAAAAACUGAGAGAUUAGCUUUGGUGUGUUUUCCAAGAGUAUUUGAAAGGAAGCAUGGGCCUUAAAUAAUGAGAUGCCUCUAUCACUGUGUUGUACAGCUGGGAUCUUGCAUGGAAAAUACCUGAGGUGAAAGAAUUGCAGCCAAGAUCAAGCUCCCAGUGUUGAAGACAGCCACAGCCCAGGUUUGCCUUUCAGCCACUAAAAUGGCAACUGCUGGGUUUGGUGCUUACCUUCAACCAGUAUUUUAUGGAUUGCUGUGUCCUUAUAAAACUUGAAAUAUUUGCCUUUUGUAUAUGAUAACUGUGUACGUGAUUCAUUUCUUCCCAAGAUAAAUGUUAAAACUGUGUCCUUAUUCUCAAAGGGGCUCCUGCAUUUUACUCAUUCUAUGGGCUGAUAAUGUUCUUGAAUGGAGGAACAUGGUCAUCUGUAACUCAUGAAGAAAUUGAAGAAGCACAGAACUACUAUUAAGGACAGGAAAAGAUAUUUUCUUUCGGAACAAGCUAUGCAAUCUCUCCCAUAAAAUGCAUGAAUGCAGUUCUUUUUCUUUCCUCUCCAGCUGGAAAUCAGCUAGAUCUUUUUGUUGGUGUUUUUUGUUAUUGUUUUGGGUUUUUUAAUUUAUUUUUACUUCCAGUAUUGUUUAGGUACUGGGACCUGAAGACAAUCAUAUGUGUAUUAAUUACUGUUCUAACAGUCAAUAGAAGGGCUCUGUCACUUACAUGGCUUCUGUAUCAAGGUCAUCUCAAUUAAAACUUUUGAAGCAUUCUGUUGUGCUUUGAGAAUUUUUAGGCUGACCACAUACUAAUUUCCUUUCUGAUCAUUAUUCCAAUUACUAUAAAGUUAAAUCUUUCAAAGGAUGAAAUGUGUUACAUAGAAAACUGUUAAAGUAGAGAACCUGACCUGUCUAUCAUUUCUGUAGGGAUGGUGAUGCCUGUCUACCUCAGAAACUUCUGUGUGGUGAGCUUGCAGGGUAGCUUGCUGUUCAGGUUUACACACUAUGAAUGAAGAAGAAAUAUUUCUCUAGCAGUAUGUGAAAUGAAACAUUUAUGUUUAAUAUGUUUUAAUGAAACAUUAAAAGUUUCAA